AUGGCGUUUCUUCUCAAACCCACACCCCUCAAUCGCAACUACACCCCCACACACCUCUUCCGCCUCUUCUCCUCCACCCCACCACCACCCUCCACCCAAAACGACGCCGAAUUAAUCUCCAAUAUCCUCCUCAACCACCACAACCCCUUCCACUCAUCAGAAUCCUCCCUCCAACUCAACGGCAUAACCCUAACCCCAAAUCUCCUAACCCUAACCCUAACCCUCCUCAAACACAACUCCAAAAUCGCACUCUCCCUCCACAAUUUCUCCAAAUCUCUCCCAAAUCCACCUCUCUCACAUUCCUCCUACAAUCUCCUAAUCGAUAUCGUCUCCAAAGUUCAUCAAUUCGACCUCGCUUCACAGCUCAUCGUUGAAAUGGACCAAAACAAUCUCCCCCCAUCACCAACCACAUUCUUCAUCCUCAUCAAACGCCUCAUCUCCGCUAACCUAACCCGUCAAGCCAUUCGCUGUUUCUUCGAAAUCGAACCCUUCACCGAUGCCAAAUUAACCUCCGAACACUUCACUUUCUUGCUCGACACGCUUUGUAAAUAUGGUCAUGUUAAACUCGCUUGUGAUUUGUUUAACAAGAAUCACAACAGGUUUACACCGGAUGUGAAAAUGUAUACUGUUUUGAUAUAUGGUUGGUGUAAGAUUAGUCGAUUUAAAACAGCAUUAUCGUUUUUGAACGAGAUGAAGGUGAAGGGGGUUGAGCCGAAUGUUGUUACUUAUAAUGUUAUAUUGAAUGGGAUUUGUAGGAAGGCGAGUUUGCAUCCGGAGGAGAGGUUUGAGAGGACAGUGAGGGAUGCGGAGAAGGUGUUUGAUGAAAUGCGUGAGAGUGGGAUUGAACCGGAUGUGACUAGUUUUUCGAUUGUUCUUCAUGUUUAUAGUAGGGCGCAUAAGCCGCAGUUGGUUUUGGAUAAAUUGGGAUUGAUGAGGGAGAAAGGGAUUUGUCCGAAUGUGGUGACUUAUACUUCGGUUAUUAAGUGUCUUUGUUCGUGUGGGAGGAUUGAAGAAGCUGAGGAUUUGAUUGAUGAGAUGGUGAGGAAUGGAGUGAGUCCUUGUGCUGCGACGUAUAAUUGUUUUUUUAAAGAGUAUAGAGGGAGGAAGGAUGCUGAUAAGGCUUUGAAGUUUUUUAAGAAGAUGAAGGAUGAUGGGUUGUGCGAGCCGACGACGCAUACAUAUGGUGUUUUGAUUGCUAUGUUUUUGAAGGCGGAUAUGAUUGGAGUUGUUAAGGAGAUGUGGAGUGAUAUGAUAGAGAGUGGGGUUGGACCAGAUUUGGAUUCUUAUACGGUUUUGAUACAUGGGUUGUGUGAGAGGAAGAAGUGGAGGGAGGCUUGCCAGUAUUUUGUUGAGAUGAUAGAGAAGGGGUUUCUUCCUCAAAAAGUUACAUUUGAGAAACUUUAUAGGGGUCUCAUUCAGUCUGAUAUGUUGAGGACUUGGCGGAGAUUGAAGAAGAGGCUUGAUCAAGAGUCCAUCACAUUUGGUUCAGAGUUUCAAAAUUAUCAUUUGAAGCCAUAUAGGAGAUGA